UGGCCGAGCCUUGAUUGGCCAUGGUGCACAAGGGCGCGGAUCGUGGUCCAGGCCGUGAGCUGCUGUGGUCGCCGGUGUAGAUUAACUCUGCUGCGCGCCGUGCAAGAUGCGGAGGGUGGUUUUGAUCACCGGGGCGAGCAGUGGCAUUGGGCUGGCCCUUUGCAGUCGGCUGCUGGCAGAAGACGACGAGCUUCACCUGUGUUUGGCGUGCAGGAACCUGAGCAAAGCCAGAGCCGUUCGUGAUGCCCUGCUGGCCUCUCACCCCUCCGCCCAAGUCAGCAUUGUGCAGAUGGAUGUCAGCAGCCUGCGGUCGGUGGUCCAGGGUGCAAAGGAAGUCAAGCAAAAGUUUCAAAGAUUAGACUACUUAUAUCUGAAUGCUGGGAUCAUGCCUAAUCCCCAGCUAAAUUUCAAAGCGUUUUUCUUGGGCAUCUUUUCAAGAAAUGUGGUUCAUAUGUUCUCCACAGCGGAAGGACUGUUGACCCAGAAUGACAAGGUCACUGCUGACGGGUUCCAGGAGGUGUUUGAAACCAAUCUCUUUGGCCACUUUAUCCUGAUCCGGGAACUGGAACCCCUUCUCUGCCACAGUGACAGCCCCUCCCAGCUCAUCUGGACCUCUUCUCGUAAUGCCAAGAAAUCUAACUUCAGCCUUGAGGAUAUCCAACACAGCAAAGGCCUGGAACCCUACAGCUCCUCCAAAUAUGCUACCGACCUUCUGAAUGUGGCUUUGAACAGGAAUUUCAACCAGAAGGGUCUGUACUCCAGUGUGAUGUGCCCAGGCGUAGUACUGACCAAUCUGACAUACGGAAUUCUGCCACCCUUUGUGUGGACAUUGCUCUUGCCGCUGUUAUGGCUGAUUCGCUUUUUUGCAGACGCUUUCACUCUGACACCGUACAAUGGAGCAGAAGCGCUGGUGUGGCUUUUCCACCAAAAACCUGAGUCUCUCAACCCUCUGACCAAAUACCUGAGCUCCACCACAGGCUUCGGGACUAAUUACGUCAAGGACCAAAAGAUGGACAUAGAUGAAGACACCUCUGAAAAAUUUUAUCAAACCUUACUGGAACUGGAAAAACGCGUUAGGAUCACUGUGGAAAAAUCGGAUCACCCCAGCUGAUAGCGACAUUCUCCUGAGCAUCCAGUACCUUCUGUACCUUCUGGGGCACGUGGCUUUUUGUUGUGCUGGAUGAUAAACGUUUGUUGUAAACCAUAAGCCAUGAUGAUCUCCGCUCCUACCUUUCAGAAUGAUCUCCAGGACUCUGUGUGCACAUGUGUGCAAGCAUGCACACAUGUGUGAGGAAAGAUGGGCAAAGUAGAGGACCCAAAUAAAUGCCCUCCAGAACAGUGUCCUUUCAGAAUUGCUAGAGGCUUCCUGCACAGCAUCUGCAUACAGCAUUCUGUCACCUGGAGCCCAGCAGAUGAGACUUGAGUGACUGGGUUCAGGUAUAGCCUGAACCUCCUUUUAGUCCUGGCAAGGAGGGGGCAAUGCUUCUUUCUCCUUUCCUUUCCUUUCCUUUCCUUUCCUUUCCUUUCCUUUCCUUUCCUUUCCUUUCCUUUCCUCUCCUCUCCUCUCCUCUCCUCUCCUCUCCUCUCCUCUCCUCUCCUCUCCUCUCCUCUCCUCUCCUCUCCUCCC